AUGAUGGAGAACAGACAAAGUAUUCCAUCAAACGAAAACAGUUCCUCUUCAUCCAACAGUCACGUUAGUCUUCAAGACGAACCCAGUCAAUGGAAAGCCUAUAUCGGCUUUGGUAGCGAUUUGAACUAUCUAUUCUGGACAAAUAGCUGGAUAUGCCUGAUAUAUUUCAUAAAUGGAUUUGUCACAUUCGUUCUACACGUGUAUACUUAUCGUGCGCUUGAGGGCACACUGAAAAUCGAAUGUUUCGGCGAGCGAUGCUGGACCGCGACCAGAGAGAUCUAUCCGACCGGGUUUCGCUACAAUCUGAUGAAACAUCACAAAAUUUUCUACGAGGAAAGACAUACUGGAAUUUGGUUUGGCUUAUUCCUCAUGGCUUACGGCCUGCUGGCCGGAUUUCGAUUCACACGAUGUGUGGUCAAUUUGGGCUAUUUGUUGAAUGUUUUACUCAUCCUAUUCUGCGUGCUGAUUACACCGGUCUGUGCAUUGGAAUUUUUGGCCUGGAUUCCCGGUUUGCGUCCACUGCACGAACAAGUCCCCGAUUGUCAUCCGGUUCGAAUACGUGUACUGUCUGAUGUUGUCCUGGUCGCACUGACUCUGACCGUGGCUAUCUAUCAGUUAAUUAUCAAUACACCAUAUAUACAGCAUCGAUCGGUACGACUGAUUGAACCGUUAAUCACGGCUAUAAAAAACCACGAACGGGUCGCCAACUUCUGGCUCUCCAGACAGUCUCCAUAUCACAAUAUUCGUUUGUAA